GUUAUCUUAUCAUAAACAAAAAUGAAUUUUCUAUUAAGUUUUUGGAUAUUAAUUAUAGCAUUUAUUUGGAGAGUUAUAAGUCGUGGUGAUUUGGGGUUUUCUAUUAGCACUAGGAAAUUGGAUGGGAAUUGCAAAAGUACAAAGGAUUAUUUAGAAGAUAUUUCAUUAAUUAGCUCAUAUUCAAAAUUUAUUCGUCUUUUUUCAAUUAGUGAUUGCAAUUGUAUGAAAAAUAUUAUGCCUGCUAUAAUUUCAGAGAAUAUGAAGAUUAUUCUUGGAAUUUGGCCGGGUGGUGUUGAUACUGUACAAUUUAGAGAUCAAUUGUCGCUCCUAAAAGAAAUUCCUCAAGAACACGUUCCUUAUAUUUAUGCAAUUUCAGUAGGAUCGGAGGUUCUUUAUCGCAAGGAUUAUUCAGAUGAAAUUUUAUUGGAUCAAAUUAUUACUGUUCGCAAAUUGUUAAAUGAGAUGAAUUUUCAAUCUAUUAAACUUGGAACAGCGGACACUUGGAAUGUAUAUGCUGAUGGAACAGCCAAUAGAAUUAUUGGAGCUUUGGAUAUUGCUUUCGUUAACUCUUUUCCAUAUUGGCAGGGCUAUGCAAUAGAACAUUCUGUUUAUUCAUUUUUUGCUGAUAUUUCCAAUACUAUUAAUGUCAUUAGAUCUAUGAACUAUAAUAUUGAGGUAUGGAUUGGUGAAACUGGGUGGCCUACAGAUGGUCUCACUUAUGGAGCUGCUGUACCUAGUGUUGAAAAUGCUGCUUAUUUUUGGGCCAAUGUUAUUUGCACGUCUUUAUUUAAUGGUCUUAAUGUUGUUGCUUUCGAAUUAAUGGAUGAACCGUGGAAAGGAAAUGCUAUUGGUUUAAGUGGUCAAAGUUCAAAUGUUGAGAAAUUUUGGGGUGUUUUUACGAUUGAUAAACGACAAAAGUACAGUUUGGAGUGUCCUAAAGAAUCUGAGAAAGUUAUAUCUUCUAUUAAUAGUAAAAUUAAUAAUCUAUCAGAUUCGGGUAAUACAAAUAGUGAUGGCUCAAAAGUAGAUUCUGAUAAUACGGAUAAUGAUGGUUCAAAAACAGAUUUUGGUAAUGCAGAUAAUGAUGGUUCAAAAACAGAUUUUGGUAAUGCAGAUAAUGAUGGUUCAAAAACAGAUUCUUGUAAUACAGAUAAUGAUGGCUCAAAAGUAGAUUCGGAUAAUACAGAUAAUGAUAGUUUUGAUGAAAUUUUUCAUGAUGAUGAUUUCUUAACGGAUAUAAAAGAACCGAAUAAGUCAUUUCGCGUUUCAUUUUGUCUAAAAAAUACAUUUUAUUUGAGUUUUACUGCAAUUUUAUUUUUAUUAUUUUUUUAUUGAAGUUAUAAGCAUUAUUUUGGUAUUGAAAGUUAUUAGGUAUUUUUUACAGGAUUAUGCUAUGAGGGUUGCAUUAAUGUUAUUGUUAUACGUAAUUAGAAAAUAAUUAGUUAAGUUUUAAAAAAAUCA